AUGGGAUCCGAAGAGGGAAGUGUAGUAAAUACAGCUGACCAGGCAGAAGUAAAUUCAGCAAAUGGAAAAGGUAGCGAAUUUGAUGAAGUAGGAGACAUAACUAUGAGUGAUGGACAUCAUUUACAAAAUGAAAAUCAACAGGAAUCUAAAGAUUUUAAAAAAAUAUGUGAAUUAAAAGAGCUAUCUCAAUUAGGAGACAAUAAGAAAAAAGUUAUAAAACAUUUUAAUGAUUUAUAUUGUACAAAAGGUGAUAAUAUAACAAGUUCAUUAAUAGAAAUAUUUUCAAUAGAUAUUAAUUCCGAUACUAUUUUAUAUAUUUUACAAAAGUAUUUACAUAUGCAUGGAUUAUGUAUACCAUGUUAUAAAUUUACAAAUAAUGUUUAUUGUGAGUAUGAUAUAAAAUGUAGGUGGUGUCACCAUAAUUCUCACCUUAAUAAAAAAUCAGGUUUAUAUCCAAAUAAAAUGUUACAUGCAAAAAAUAAAUGUAAUGUAUGCACACAUUUUAUUAAAGGUAGAUUAUGUUUAUCAAAAAAUGAAUGUAGGUUCUGUCAUUCUUUUGAUCAUUUACCUAGCUAUAUGAAAACAAAAUAUUACAACACAUUAAAUAGUUUGUAUAAAAAAAAAAUGAAUACUAACAUUAUAAAUAAAGAUAUGUUAAAAAAAAUGAAAAAAAGUAUUAUUAAAGAAAACAAUUAUUCUACAUUCUAUGUUUUAGAUAAAGAUCUAAUGAACAUAUUUUAUGAAAACGAUAAAAAUAAUAAAACUAAUGAAGAACCUAAUGAAGAACCUAAAGAAGGAUCUAAAGAUGAAUCAACUAUUACUAUACCAGAAAAUAAUAACAUAUAUGACGACCAAAAUAAUAAAAGAAAAAAAAUUACAAUACAACAUACAUGUGAUGAAUGUAAUAAAAAUAAAAAACCAUGUUUAGAUUAUUUUCUUUCUUCAAAAGCUUGUAAAAAAAAAUGUACUAAUUGUCAUGAUGAUAUACAUAAAAAUAAAUUUUCAAAUUUAUAUUUUUUAACAUAUAUGCAUAAUAAUAAUAUUUGUAAUGUUUGUCCUCAAAUAAAUGAAGAGCGAUGUACUUGUGAUCAAACAACUACUUAUUGUCAUGACACUGAUCAUAUAGCAUUUGAUAUCAAAUUUAAAAAUUCUAUUGAUGUCGCUUCACAAUAUUUACAAACACAGUUCAUAUAUAAAAAAGAAAAAGAAAUCAAUGAAACAGCCAAUGAUGACGAAAAUCCAUCAAAUCCAGACCAUGAAUCUAACGAACCUGCUAAUGCAUCUAAUGUAGAUGCACAAGAUGAUGAUAACACCCUAGAAAAGGAUGACCCAACAACAUAG